AAUGCUGUUAAUUAUCUGUACAUAUGUGCAAAUUGCCCGAGUAAAAUUAAGAGCAGUAAUCAAGUUAAAACCAUUUCUGUAAGUGACAAAUCUCGAGAAAACUUGUACUCGCAUUUGUCGUCCAAACAUCCUGGAUUACUGUCAUCGUUUAAAGCUGCUUGCCUUCGUGGCGAAUCGCUGCCGAAAAAAAGAAAGUGUGACGAAGUUGUAGAUUUGGAUGGAAUUGAAAAAAUUCCUACUAAAAGGCAAGCUACAAUCCAAAAAUCACUUACAUUAAAAUUAAGGAAACCAUCAAAUCCUGUUCUUCAAGAAGAAUUUGACAAUUUAGUUCUAAAUUACGUCGUGGACAGUGUUUUGCCUUUGAGACACGUAGAAACUGAUCCACUUCGUGAACUCAUGAGAAAUGUUUCACCAAAUCACGUAGUAAUGUGCAGGAAAACUUUGGCAAAGAGACUAUUGGCUAAAUAUAUCACGGCAAAAGAGAAAAUCAUUGAACAUUUAUUGAAACUUAAUCAUGUUUGCACAACUUCAGACCUUUGGACUACUCAUGGGGAGUCGUAUAAUGGGAUUACUUUUCAUUGGCUACACCCUACAACGUUCGAAAGGAAUAGUAUAUGUCUUGCUAUUAAAAGAGUUGUUGGGAGACACACGUACAAUGUUAUUGCAUCUAGUCUAGGCGCAAUCAAUGUAGAAUUUGGUCAUGUUCCUGCUUCAGCAUCAAUAAAUUUUUGGAGCAUAUGA